AUGGGUCCUAGUGAGAGCGUGGAAAUAAAGCGCCUGCACGAGUGCGGCUUCCCCACUGUAUCCAUUCACUGUAAAAAGAAACACAAGCGAGAGGAGGAAGAUGAUGAUUGUCCAGUAAGAAAAAAAAGGCUAAUUGAAGCAGAGCUCUGUGCUGGUCCUAAUGACUGGAUUCUUUGUGCACAUCAGGGUGUAGAGGGUCAUAGAGUAAAUCCAUGUACUGGUGGCCUUUCUGUACCUGGAAUGUUAGAUGUUAUUUGUGAAGAAAUGGAUCAGACGACUGGAGAACCACAGUGUGAAGCUGCCCGAAGGCGGCUUCAGGAGAUUGAGGACAGGAUAAUUGACGAAGAUGAAGAAGUUGAAGCUGACAGAAAUGUUAAUCAUCUGCCCAGUCUUGUCCUUUCUGAUACUAUGAAAACUGGUUUGAAUAGGGAAUUUGAUGAAGUCUUUACAAAGAAAAUGAUUGAGUCCAUGAGCCGUCCUUCCAUGGAGCUUGUGCUCUGGAAACCUCUUCCUGAACUCCUUUCUGAUAAGCCAAAGCCAUCAUCUAAUGCUAAGAACUACACAGGAGAGAGCCAAACUAAACAUGCAGCUCUUGGCACUGCCUUUCCUCACAGAACUGAACUGUUCUUAGAACCUCAGCAAACAGGGAUGCCUCUUUACCAUAGUUUGGAGACAGCUGCUAGUACAGAAGAAGAGAUGGAACUCUAGAAACCAUUUUCUACUCUAAAGUUGUCAAAUUUUAGAAGAUUCCUGUGUUCAGUCAUGAGCCUACUUGCAUAGUUUAGGGACUUGAAAGUUUUACGAAACGGGUGUAAUAAUAUCUCCACCUGUGAUUCAGGGUGGGACUCUCAUUUUGGGUAGCCAUUUAUUGCAUUCAACUCUUUGCCAAGGAAGUUUGUUUCAAGGAAAAAACAGUUUUCUUUGGAGCUUUUUAAGGGGAAUUUGGAUGACACUCCCUUCGCAGGCAAGUAUAGAAACUGUGUAAGAGUAACUGAAGUUACCUGUCUCUGUUGUCUGAACAAUUCAGAUAUUUGCAGAAUGUUCUCAAGUAUCUUAAUCAGACACACCUCAGUCUGUAGAUACGAGCAAGGUGAGGACAUAGGAGGAGGAGGAGGGAAGAAAAGCAGUAGCUUAAGCUUGUUGCUAAGAAGUUUAACAGAUUAUAAAUUGUCAGUUCUUUAUAGCUGUGUUGAGUAAGUAACCAGUAGCAUUGUAUAUCCUCUUUGCCUCUGAAAAUGCAAUGAAAAUGCAAAGGAAAGGUUUUUUUCUUCAAGGCUUCUUUGCCUUGUGUUACUGUUAUUCCUUGGUUUCCUUUGCAUAAUUGAUAAGCCCAAUUAUUCAGCAAAGUUUACAACUUAAUUAACUUUGAGUGAUAGUUAAAAAGAUUAUGAGGUAACCCCUUUGCAAAUUGCCUCUGGAAGAAGCAUCCUUUAGUUAAACCUAAGAAAGUGCUUUUCAGCUAAACCCAACAUUGAUAAUUUCUGUAGUUUUUUUUAAAAAGUUAUAAUUAGCAAGUUGAACUUUAAAUGAUAUUUUAGAAAACAGUGAAUGAAUAAUUAACUGAGAAUAUGUGGGCAAGUGACAUUGGGGUUUACUGAAAUAGCCAAUUUGUCCGGUGCUUAAACUAUUGUGCAGUAAGCCUCAAAGUUAGUGAAUAGAUUUCUGCUAGCAGGAAAUCAUCUUAAGUACCUAAACUGGGCUUGAGGUGUCCUUUAGGGAUAACCAGCAUUGAAUUUUUUAAUUUCUCAGGAAGAGCUCUUCUGUGUAUCAAGGACUCACAGUACAAAGUAAAAUGACAAUUCCUUUAUUGCUACGGAAUAUUCACUAUAAGUUAUUAAGUGAGUGUAAUAGUAUAAUAUUGGUCCUUCCGUUACACAACAGGAAACCACCCCAGUCCUUUUUGUUUUGUUUUUUGGGUUUUUCUCUCUUUGUAGGAAUCAAAUAUCUUUGUAGAAAAAAAAAUGGUUUAUGCUAAGUAGAGGCGAAUUCUUAGAAACCAGCUUCCAGGCAUUUUUGAAACCCAUACUGAAAUCUCUCCCCUUGUUACAGAUGGCAUAGAAGUCACAAGUCUGUUAAUUUGACUUGUUUCUUCUCUUGCCUGUUGUUCUGCUUUCUCUGUUUCUGUCUGGAUAGUCAGGAAAAGAUUUAAUGUUUAAUAUUUAAACAAAAUAUUUAAUGUAUACACAGUAAAAUUAUUCAAACUUCAAAACAGUAUUGAAACCAGUUGGAAACCAGCUAAUAGUUUCUUAAUCUCAGUCUUAGAGAUGAAUGUAAACUGUAUUCUGUUGAAAUGUGCAAGUGUUUGAUUCAUGCAGUUUGAAAAACUCCUGCCUUGAGGUCAUUGUUUAAUGGGACCAACUUGUAAAGUUUGUAGCCUUAAAGAAAUCUCUGUGCUAAAAAAGUUGUUCUAGUACAACUGAAAAACUUGAAGUGACUUGCCUGGAGUUUGAGUUAGUAAAGUGAAAAGAGAGAUGACAGCUUUCCAAAGAUGGAGCGAAAACAUGUCAAGAUUGUCUUCUAAAGAGAUUCCUGGGCAGGCCUCUGAUUAAAGGUCUAUAAUGAAAAGGAGGAAAGAAGAGCCCCCAAACAAGACUCUGAUACUAUUGGUAAAUAUAGGGGAGAAUUGAGAUUCUGUUAAUUAAAAUCCAAACAGAAUUUGUUUCAGAAGUCAAGUUAUCUGAUAUGAUUAUUUCUGCAGGAAAAUGGGUGUUUAAUGUUUCUUUUUGGACCUUAUCUUUUUGCAUAUGUUUGUACAGAAAUUGUCUUCUUGAUCCUUGUGGUGCUUAUUCAUCUGAGCCGACUCCACAGUCCCACUGCCUCUGCUUUUUGUUUUUCUUUUGUAGCAUAAGGCUGUGCUUUUGCCUUAAGGUUUCCCUAGGGAAUAAACAGGGCUUUUCAUUUGGUUUAGCUUUUGCAGCAUGGAUCAAACAUUGGCUUACUAUGCUAAUGUGUCGAGGAGAAAAAAUUAUCUAAAGCAGGUGAGCUUUAAAGAACAAAUGUAUAUUUUAUGAGUUUGAGUAGUGUGUGUGGUUUUUGUUUUGGGGGUUUUGUUUUGUUUUGAAAUUAAUGUGAAGAAAGUCCAGUUCUAACAAACAUAUUAAUCAAUUAAAACUGCUAUUCAUUCUUAAAAAGGUACAAAUGUAAUACUAGAAAAAUAAGGUUGGGGCUAGAACCAUGAGAAGAAUGUUUACCAGCAGGUUCAUUUGUUAUUUUGGAUCUGGAACUUGGCUUUGUUUUUCAGUAGUGACAAAGAGUGGUUCAGUACUAGGAAGUUCUUUCAGAUGCUGUUUUACUUUAUAAUGAGAAUCUGGUGUUUCUGUAUUUUAUCGUUUUCAAUAAAACUUAAGUGUUUU